AUAUUCAGACGUUUUCCUUACAUUAAUUUCUCCCUGUUUGUAUCUCUUGUUUAUAUAGAAUGCAGAAGCCAGUAACACAAGAAGAGUUGGAUUUUGUUGCAUGUGAAAGUGAUAGGUUCGAAAGUGAGAAAAUAAAGUGGAGGAACGAACUAAUACAGCAAACUUUAGAACAGAGAGAAAGAGAGCACGAACAUGAUAUUUUAUUAGCUAGAGAAGAAGUGAAAAAAAGAUAUGAAGAAGCAGAACGAAUGCGGGAAGAAAAAUAUAAACAAUGGCAAAAAUUUUGUGAAAAAAUAAACCUGCAAUAGUAAGUUCGCCGAUGUUUUUAUAAUAAACCAUUCUUAUUUUUAAUUCUAUAUUGUUUUAGUGAGAAAGAGAGACUUAGAAGACAAAAAGAUUUUCAAGUUGAACAAGCAAAAUGGAGUCAAGAGGCAGAGGUCUGUCCAAUUAUUCAAAAUCAUUACAAUUGUACGGGAUUUAGUGAGAAAAUAAUU